CGCAGCAGACAAAAAAAAAAUCGAGUAGAGAAGAAGAAGAAGAAGAAGAAGAAAUAGUUCGAUGGCGAUGACAGUAGCAGCUUCGUCCUCUGUGGCAGUAAUGAUUCCACGUGUCUCCUCCACCCAAUGCUCCACCGUCCCUUACCUUCCUCCGCUGCCUCCUCGCUCUUUUGGUCGAUCAUCUUUCACUGUUCCUCUGAAGCUAGUUUCAGGGAAUGGUUUGCAGAAGGUUGAAUUGAUGAAGACGAGAGCUUCUUCAUCAGAGGAGACCUCAACGUCCAUUGACACCAACGAACUGUUUAAUGACUUGAAGGAAAAGUGGGAUGGUCUUGAGAACAAGACAACUGUGGUUAUCUACGGAGGAGGAGCCAUUGUUGCUGUUUGGUUAUCUUCCAUUCUUGUUGGUGCCAUCAACUCUGUUCCUCUGCUUCCGAAAUUUAUGGAGCUUGUUGGUCUCGGGUACACAGGAUGGUUUGUCUACAGAUACCUUCUCUUCAAGUCAAGCAGAAAGGAGUUGGCUGAGGAUAUUGAUUCCUUGAAGAAGAAGAUUGCAGGGACCGAAUAGAUUGAUUCAUAAAAAUAAUAAACAAGCUUUCUUUCUUUCUUUCUGGAGUUUCUCUGUAAUGUGAUUAUUAUAAUACAUUCUAUAUCUUCUUCAGUGUGAAACUAUUAUCUUUUAGAUC